AGCUUCGGCCAGUUACGACACGCACGCCACGCCAUCGCCAUCUGCGCGAACCUGUAUUGUUCUACACGAGUAGCACCUAUUUGUCCACUGCUACAGUCAGCCCAUUAGGCGCAGUGCGCAGCCAUGGCGAACCCGCAAUCCGUGUCCUUUGACCAGUUGCUUCAAGAGAGCCGCAAAAAACGCAAGGCCGAGCAGCUCGCGCAGGAAAUUUUCGGCAAGCGCAACAGGUCGCAGACACCCCAGGGGCCACGGUCGAAGCCAGCUCCUGGCGCCAGCCUUGCCAGCAGAGUCGGUGUCGCGAAGCCACGCACUGCAUCUCUGCCUCGAACCAAUUCGGGCUCAGCGCCACGAGCCAAUCGUCCACAGACGCAAGCAGCACGGCCUGCACUGAACGACGACAGCCGUGCGCGAUCGACCAAAUACCAACAGCGGGCCUCACAGGUCAUCUCGGAUCCAAUCAGCGAUGUUAAGAGCAGUGAAUAUGCAGGAUACGAGGCACCACCGGCGGUUGCGAACGGAAAUACGAACAUAAGCUUUCGAGGAGCAGCGACCAGCCAGCACGUUGUAGUCGCGCAGAACUUUGCGCCAGGAACGACCGCUGCAGAUAUCGAGAGCGUAAUGACUGACGUUGGCGGUACUGUCCUCACCUGCAAGCUCACCGCCGAGACGCCUACUGUGGUGGCAGAGAUGACGUUCGAGGAUAAGGCUGGAGCAGAGGCGGUUAUCAACACAUUCAAUGGGAAGAAGGCGGACGGUCGCACUUUGAAUGUGUUCCUGAAGGCUGUAGGACCAAAGCUGCCAUUCACAGUCGAUGUGGAGCCAGCAGUCGAGGAGGCCAUGGAAAUCGACGAGAACGCACAAGCGCGCGAAGCUGAAGAUCGUCGGCGCGAGGAGCGUCGUGGUCCUGCUGAACGUGCGCCUCCGAGAGACGACUACCCAACAGGACCGCGAAACGAUAGAGGCUACCAAGACGAUUACUACAGCCGCGGACCGCGUCGUUCUGAGCCUGCGUAUCAGGACGGUCGUUACGGAUUUGGAGGUGGUGGCAGGUAUGGCGGUGGAGGAGGCUAUCGCCAUGAUGGUCGAUUGGGAGGCUAUGGAAACCGUCACAGCUACAGGCCGUGAGCUGUAGCAUGCAGCUGCCAAUGCACUCCCAGCACCCACUUUCCUAGCUAUGGAAAGCACAAUCGAGUCUUGCAGAUCAUCAAGAUCGCAGCAUUCAUUUCUCUCCCUGAGAUGUGCAGAUCGAUUCGGAGAUCUGGUCCCGCCUUGAACGCCCUAUUAGAUUUCAAGGACCGGUGUCAAAAGCUUGGUACUUCAUGAGUAUAAAUAUCUUUGCGGCAAUUGCAUAUCCGCUGUAUCACUGCAUCAGUCUGCUGCCUCCUCCGAACCACCAGAGUCUGGAUAAGGUACCCCGUAUUGCACUUCGCUUCACACGAGCAACGCUCCCCCAGAUCAGCAGGCGUUGCAAAUGCAGGCAGCUGGCAUCCGCUUCUUCUUGCUU